AUGGAAGUGGGUGGGGGUCUGAGGCCAGUGCUGGGCCUGAUCAUCACAGCCUACCUUCUGCUCAGCAUCUGGCAUCACAAGUUCUCUGGGCUGCCCCCUGGCCCAGCCCCUUGGCCCUUCCUGGGAAACAUUCUUGGGGUGGAUGUGGUAGACCUGCUGAAGUCUCUGAAGCAGCUCAGCAUCAAAUAUGGCCCCAUCUACACUUUCCAUCUGGGCUCCCGCCCAUGUGUGGUGACUGCUGGGUACCAGGCCCUGAAGGAGACACUCAUUGACCGGGCUGAGGAGUUUGGGGGCCGUGGAGAGUUCCAUGGGGGUGGUGAGUCAGUUGUUUGGAAUUUUGGCAUGGGGAAGCGCAACCUAGAGGAGAGAAUCCAUGAAGAAGCUCAACGCCUGUGUGAAGAGUUCCAGAAGACAGGGGGUGAGAGCCAGCCUCGAGAUCCCCUGAAAGGGGGCACAUGGGUGCUUAGCAAUCCCUCUCAAGAGAGCUGUGCGGGCUCCAACAUCAUCUCUUCAUUGGUCUUUGGGGAGCACUUGGCCUAUGAUGACCCUAAAUUCCUGGAGCUAAUGGCCCUGAUCAAUGGCAACUGGAGAAUCAUGAGCUACUUCUGGGGACAAAUCAUGGGUCUACUCCCAGGGCCACACCGGCAGAUUUUCCACAGCUACCUGAAGCUAGAGGCCUUUGUCAAUAACCGUGUGGCUAAAAAUCGGAACUCCCUGGACCCAGCCAAUCCCCGGGUCUACAUCGACUGUUUCCUGCUCAAAAUGGAGCAAGAAAAGAACAACUCCCAGAGUCACUUCAAUGCUCAGACUCUUUCUAAGACAGCAGUGAAUCUGUUCUUCGCAAGAACAGAGACCGUGAGCUUCACUCUUCGCUACGGAUUCCUCAUCCUUCUCAAACAUCCUGAUGUGGAAGCCUGACUCCACGAGGAAAUUGAUGAGGUGAUUGGACCAAGCCAGCUCCCCAGCAUGGAGGACCGGGCCAAAAAGCCCUAUCUGGAUACUGUCAUCCACAAGAUCCGGUGCUUUGCAGACAUUGUCCCCACGUCAGUGCCUCACACAGUCACUCAGCCCACCACCUUCCGUGGCUACCACCUUCCCAAGGAUUUGAACAUCAUGCCCCUGCUGUGCACAGCUCACUUUGACCACACUCGGUUCAAAGACCUGGAGAAGUUCAACCCUGAACACUUCCUGGAUGAACAAGGAAGAUUUAAGAAGAAUGAAGCUUUCCUGGUCUUCUCUGCAGACCUCCAGCUGCCAUCCCUCCCUCCUUUGGACCCCAGACUUCUCAACCUCUGGGUGUUGGCAUCUAUGUGUCUCCAACAUUCUGGCCCCAGAGCUUGAGUCAAAGACAAGAUCCAGCUGCAGUGAAGGUAACAGAUGCCUGGUGCUGGUCAGUGGCAAUUCCCGCUUGUGAAAAA